GUUUUGGACGAGUCUGGGAAAGUUUGUACCGGCUCUUGAGGAUGCGCUAGUCGGGAGGAAGGAGGUUCCCAGCAUGGGUCACUGGCUGUUGUGCUGUCUGCUGCCUGCAGCUCUGGCGGUGGAAGAAAUGUUGAUGAACACACGACUGGAGACUGCAGAUCUGAAGUGGACUGUGUAUCCAGAGCAUGGGUGGGAAGAGGUGAGCGGGAGCGAUGACGAGAUGAACACCGUGAGGACCUAUGAGAUUUGCCAAGUCUACGCCCCCAACCAGAACAACUGGCUCCGGACCACCUACAUCCCUCGGCGGGGAGCCCAGCGGGUCUAUGUGGAGCUCAAAUUCACCAUGCGAGACUGCUUGUCCAUCCCCAGGGUGCCGGGAUCCUGCAAGGAGACCUUUAACCUCUACUACUACGAGUCCGACUCCGACUCAGCCACUCAGGGCUCACCGGCCUGGAUGGAGAACCCUUACAUCAAGGUGGACACCGUGGCCGCUGACUCGGUCUUCCCCAACAAGAAGGUGGGCCGGGCCAACACCAAGACCCUCAACCUAGGCCCGCUGAGGAGUAACGGCUUCUACCUGGCCUUCCAGGACCAAGGGGCCUGCAUGGCCCUCUUGUCCGUCCGCGUCUUCUUCAAGAAGUGCCCGGCCAUGGUGGCCAGCUUCGCCUCCUUCCCCGAGACGGUGACGGGCGCCGAGCCCACCUCGCUGGUCAUCGCGCCGGGCACCUGCAUCCCCAACGCCGUGGAGGUCUCCAUCCCCCUCAAGCUCUACUGCAACGGGGACGGAGAGUGGAUCGUGCCGGUCGGGAAGUGCACCUGCGGCCCCGGGUAUGAGCCGGCCGAGAAACACAGCGUCUGCAAAGCUUGCGCCGUUAGCAAUUUCAAGGCCAGCCAAGGCGAGGGCCCUUGCAGCCUUUGUCCCCAUAAGAGCGAAGCCACAUCCCAGGGCGCCACUUCCUGCAGCUGCCAGCAGGAGCACUACCGAGCCAGCAAUGACCCACCUGAGAUGCCCUGUACAACCAUUCCCUCGAAACCUCAGGACUUGCGGGCCAGCGUCAACGACACCACAGUGACCCUGGAGUGGAGCGAGCCACUGAGCAAGGGCGGUAGGGAGGACCUCUCCUACGCGGUGGUGUGCCAGAAGUGCGCCAAGCCGGCUUCCUGCGUCCCCUGUGAUGAAGGGGUCAGGUACUCCCCUCAGCAGACUGCUCUGAAGCAGCAGCGAGUGCACAUCAGCCACCUGCAAGGCCACACCCUGUACACCUUCGAGGUGCAAGCUCUCAACGGAGUGUCAGGACAGAGCUCCCACAGCCCGAGAUCCGCCACCAUCAACGUCACCACCAGUCAGGAGGCCAACGCCUUCACCAUCGGGGCAGUCCGGCAAACGACGAUGACCAGGAACAGCCUCGCCCUCCAGUGGCCGGUCCCGCUGCAAGUCCGCGGUCAGGUCUUGGACUAUGAGGUCAAGUACUACGAGAAGGAGAAGAACGAGAGCAGCGCCUCGUACAUCAGCAGCUCCACCAACUCCCUUUCGAUCGACGGCCUCAAGAACGGCGUGGUCUACGUGGUGCAGGUCCGAGCCAGGACUGAGGACGGCUAUGGGACGUUCAGCAGCAAGAGGGACUUCCGGACCCUGGGUGGAGAUACCCCAAGCCGUCGCGAGGAGCUCCUGCUCAUUGCCAGCACAGCCUCCGUCGUCUUCGUCCUCUUGGUGCUGGCGGUGUUAGUGGUCUUCUGCCUCAGGAAGCAACGCGUACGAGAUCCGGACUAUUCUGAGAAGCAGCCCCCUAACAUCGCUACUCUAGGAAUAAAAGUCUACAUUGAUCCCUUCACCUAUGAGGACCCCAACGAGGCUGUCCGAGAGUUUGCCAAGGAGAUUGACGUGUCCUACGUUAAGAUUGAAGAAGUUAUAGGAGCUGGUGAGUUCGGUGAGGUGUGCCGUGGCCGUCUGAAGGUGCCGGGGAAGAGGGAGAUCUACGUGGCCAUCAAGACGCUGAAGGGCGGCUACACAGACAAGCAACGGCGGGACUUCCUGAGUGAGGCUAGCAUCAUGGGGCAGUUUGACCACCCCAACAUCAUUCACCUGGAGGGUGUCGUCACCAGCAGUUGCCCAGUCAUGAUCAUCACCGAGUUUAUGGAGAAUGGAGCGCUUGACUCCUUCUUGAGGCAGAACGACGGGCAGUUCACUCCGAUCCAGUUGGUGGGGAUGCUGAGGGGGAUUGCCUCAGGCAUGCGGUACCUCUCGGACAUGAGCUAUGUCCACCGUGACCUGGCCGCCCGCAACAUCCUGGUCAACAGCAACCUCGUGUGCAAGGUCUCCGACUUUGGCCUGUCCCGCUUCCUGGAGGAGAGUUCCUCGGACCCCACUUACACCAGCACCUUGGGUGGAAAGAUUCCCAUCCGGUGGACGGCCCCAGAAGCCAUCGCGUUCCGCAAGUUCACCACCGCCAGUGACGUGUGGAGUUACGGGAUUGUCAUGUGGGAAGUGAUGUCUUUUGGUGAAAGGCCCUACUGGGACAUGUCAAACCAGGAUGUGAUCAACGCCAUCGAGCAGGACUACCGGCUACCCCCUCCCACCGACUGCCCCACCUCCCUGCACCAGCUGAUGUUGGACUGCUGGCAGAAGGACCGCAACACCAGGCCCCGCUUUGGCCAGAUCGUCAACGCCCUGGACAAGCUCAUCCGCAACCCGGCCAGCCUGAAGAUCGUGACGCGGGAGCUCGGAGCGCUCUCUCAGCCUCUGCUAGACCGCGGAACGCCGCACUACACCACGUUCUCGACCGUCGGAGACUGGCUGAAGGCGAUAAAAAUGAGCCGUUACGAGGAAAACUUUGUCAACGCCGGAUUCACGACCUUUGACCUCGUCACUCAAGUAUCAGCAGAGGACCUGUUACGGAUCGGAGUGACUCUCGCUGGGCAUCAGAAGAAAAUCCUCAACAGUGUCCAGGCCAUGAGGACUCAGGUGAAAACCCCCUUGGCAGCCCGCACCUGACUGAGAUGGGAGCGGCGUGGUAUCGGAUAAGUGGCCCUGGGAGACGGAGGAGGAUGGGAGGCCGCAUCCCCCCUGGAAGCAGCCGCCUCUCGCACACAGAACUGCCUCUCGGCCUCGCUCGUGGCACGAACCCUUUGAGACCCCUCCCCGGUUCGAUCCUGACCUCGGCCUUUCUGGGGGGAGG